AUGGCGCCCCGUACGGCAGACCGCAACAUGCCCUCCAUCAGUUCGCCCCUGUCGCCCAGGACUGAGCCGCUUGCCAUUCCCUCUCAGGCGCGACGACGACCCAACCUCAACUCACGCCAGUCCUCAAACGCCCCCACCUCUGCAUCUGGGCACUUGAGGCUGCCAUCGUUGCCACGCUUCCACCCAGCCAACUUUGCAUCUUCUCAGAAUUCCAGCCAAGCAAUCACGCCAGUGACGGGUCCAAACAGCCCCAACACGCCCUCGUCGCCCCAGAACGCUCGGAGCAGGCAGUAUGAGGUCCAGCGACAAAUGUACGCCUACCAGCAGCAACUGCUAGCCAACACCAACGGUCAGGUCCGCGCACCAACAUCGGCAAAGCCCACGAGCCCACGUCUGGAGCCGCUUGCAAGUCCUGGAGCAGUCACGCCCCUUGAGCUUGGAGGCGCCGAUGGCUACCUUACUGCCGGUGUCAACCCAGCUGAUGCAGCUAAACAUGUCGAGCACUUGAUCCGCGAAGAAGCCCGUCGACGUGGUGACUGGUCUCCCGGACGGCCGACUUCUGUGGGCGGUUGUUGA